AUUCCAAUCAUUGGAGCACAGGACUAAUCGGCGAUCUUCCUUCUACUUGUUCAAUCUCACUGGUAGAACCUUCCAGCCACAUCUCACAAACUUAAUUUACACGUCUCCGAGACCAACAGCAACACCACACAUCUUGAAACUCCACCUCCGACACAUCCAGCAAAGAUGCCUGCACACUUGGGCCACGAGGAGUUCUUCACCUCCCUUACUACCCUCCUCACCACCACAUCUCAAAAGACUAGAGGCUCCGUGUACCUCACCCAGAAGCCCCUCCUCAACGACACUACCUCCGAACAGCCCUCCAUCCUCAUCCGCGCAACAGACGGAAACACCAACGCCCCGAACCCCAAAACUGCUCAAGGAAAGAAGGCCCAGUCCGCGCCUCCGAAAGUCAAGCUGUCGACGGUAGUGAGCCCGGAAGAGCUGGAGGCAUUCUAUGCUCGGUAUGCGGAGGUGUGCAAGGCGGGAAUGUCGGGGCUGAAGAAGAGGGAUCGCAAGAAGGGCAAGGCGAAGGCCAAGGGCGGUGCUGCUGGAAAGGUAGCCAAGGCUUAGGCGGGUAAGGGAUGCAAUGGGAUGGAUGGUGGUAGCGUCUGGAUUGAUUUGGGUGAAGGCGAGGCUGGGGUUAUUCGACACCAUGCGGAAGAGGGCGAUAGAUAUAUCGCUGCUUGUGAUGUUAAGGAUGCAUUAUGGGCGUUAUGGGUUUCUUUUGUUUGCUUCACUGGGUAUGUUCAUGCCCCUGACUGCUGGUCUUUGUAGAUAUGGGUGAGGGAUUAGGCUGAAUGGAACCAUUCUUCGAAGAAUAUACUAGACUAAUCAUGCU